CUUCAACAUCAAUCCAACUACAUCGCCACUUACACCUUACAACAUUCAACACGCACGCUACAAACACCCUCUCACGAUAAUCUGUCUCAAUUGAAUCAAGACGAUGCGCCCUACAACUACCCUCCCCCGCCUCCUCUCCCGCCGUGCCUUUACCACUACCGCCCGCACCCUCAACUCCCCCUUCCGCCCUGGCCCCUCACCCCCCAAGCUCCCACGCGAAGAGCAAGAGCUGUUCGAGAAACUCCAACAAGAAAGCAGUGGGGCGUUCAGUACGCCGAAAGUCAACCAGUCACCUGCUUCGUCCACAGCUAGCGAUAUGAGGGCACGGAUAAACCAAUCACCAGAUGGAGCCGAGGUGGAGGUGAAGCUGGAGGGAAAGAUAUUGGAGGAGGAAGGCGAGCAGCUGCAUCCUAAUAUCCGGAGGGGCGCGAAGCCGGAGUUUGAGGGGGAUGUCAAUCCGAAGACGGGGGAGGUGGGAGGGCCGAAGAAUGAGCCGCUUAGGUGGGGUGGGACUGGGGAUUGGAGUUAUAAUGGGCGGGUAACGGAUUUUUAGGUGGAUAGGUUAGGGAUGAUUGAUGAGAGAGGGGUAGAGGAGUGUCGGUGGUAAAAGACGGGGUGGUGUAUUGUAAGAGGGACGGAAGAAGACUACAUAUCAAAAGACCGUAAUAAACUCUAUAUGGAUUUGAGCGCUUUUGCAAACGGACUAUAUGGCUUGGUUCGUGGCUUUCAAGGCGUUACCUCGGGAAUCUGUGUUGAGAUCUGUGAGUAGAUCCACCCUUUAUUCUAGCGA